AUGAGUGAAUCGAAAACUCUGACCGAGGUUUUGGCUUCUUUGCCAGAAGGGGUGAAGGUUCCUCCACCUCCAGUAGCACCCUAUACUCGUAAAUUCGGAUAUCAAUUUAAACGUCCAUCUACUCCAAGUGAAAAAUUCGUUACCAAUUCCUUGUAUUCAGCAUUUUGGGGAUUUGGAGCAGGAACUAUUGUUGCUUGGUUCUAUGACUAUAAAAAAGUAGCACGCAUGCCAUAUACGCAAGCUCUUGCUCUUCACGGUAGAACCAUCCGAGGCCCAUUCUUACUCGUAACAGCGAUUGGUGUUACUCACUCAGCUGUUAGUUCCUUAUUGGAUGUUUAUAACUCUGGAGGAUAUAACAGAUUCGAGAAGGAACAAACUCUCUCACAAAAAACACUUUCUGCAUUUGCUGCUGGUUCUGUGAUUGGAGCUUUCAAAGCUAGUCCUUCCAUGGGCAUUGGUUUCGGAACUUUAUUUGCUGGAAUUUCACUAGUUUUCAAUUAUUAUACUACCAAUUUCUUACCUGCUGACAGAGAAAGAAGAACCCAGUUGUUCAAUGAAAGGUUUGUAAAGUCAGAUGAGCAAGCUCCAGAUUAUCUUCGCCCUGAGAAUAUUAAUGGAGACAAGUUUUAUGUAGACUCCUUUUUCGAAGAAUCAAAACCAAGAAAGAAAAAUACUUCUACAGUUGAAUUUGACGAACAAUAG